UUUUUUAAGGACUUUAAUGAAUGUGGUUGUUCCAGAUGGUUACUCAAGCACUAUCUCGAGAUGUGUUGAUGUGAAGCAACGAAGAUUAUUUGGGUUAAAAAGUCAUGAUUGCCACAUUCUUAUGCAGCAACUAUUGCCGAUAACAUUGAGGAAUGCAUUACAUGGCUUAGUGUCUGCAGAUUUAGCUGAUCUUUCAUCAUUUUUUCGGCAGUUAUGUUCUAAAGUGUUGAAUCCCAUGGACCUUGAUAACCUCCAGAAUCAAAUCAUUCUCACUUUGUGUCAUUUAGAAAUGAUAUUUCCUCCAUCUUUCUUUACUGUCAUGGUUCACUUAGUUGUUCAUUUAGUUGAUGAAGUGAGACGUGGUGGCCCGGUACAUUAUCGAUGGAUGUAUCCUAUUGAAAGGUUCUUGGGGCAUUUAAAGUCUUUUGUACGUAAUAUGGCGCAACCUGAAGGCUCAAUUGCUGAAGGUUAUUUGGCAGAUGAAAUUUUAACAUUCUGCUCAAGAUAUUUUGAAGAUGUUGAGACAAGAAUGAAUAGGCCGAGGCGUGUGGAUGAUAAACCUGAUGAUGUUGGAUAUCAUGAAAAGGAAACUAUGUUCCCAAAAAUUGGCAAAUCAGUAGCGGGUUCAUAUUUUAAGCUACCAUCAAUGCAGAAGCAACAAGCACAUCGUCAUGUGUUAAUUAAUUGUCCAGCAGUUGACCCAUUUAUCCAGGAAUUUAGGACAGAAACAAAGAGAAGGUUAAGGAGUCGAACUCGGUCGGAAUCUACGAUAGAUAAAAUUGUGCACAAAGAAUUUGUUUCCUGGUUUCAAAAGCGAAUUUUGAAUGACGUCAACGAGCAUUCCAGGGAACUUAGGUGGCUUGCAGUUGGACCACUUGAAGAAGCCAAGAUAUUUACUUCAUACAAUAUCAAUGGAUUCAAAUUUAGAACUCUAACACGAGAGCAGGGGCUGAAAACUCAAAACUGUGGAGUAUUUGGUACAUUUGAUACUAGAAGUUAUGCAAGCAACCGUGACAACAAUAUGGUAGUUGGAGGUGUUCCGUAUUACGGAAAAUUGGUGGACAUAAUCGAAUUGAACUACAAUGGUCAAUUUACAGUUACCUUGUUCAAGUGUCAAUGGGUUAAUACCACUACUAAUAAAGGCAUAAAGAAAGAUGAGUUGGGAUUUACGAGUGUUAAUUUUUCCCAUUUGAUACAUCUUGGUGAUCGGGAAGAGCAUGAGCCGUAUAUAUUGGCAUCACAAGCCCAACUUGUAUAUUAUGUUGAUGAUGAAAAGGAAAAACAAUGGAGUGUUGUUGUUCAUCUAAAACCAAGAGACUUGUAUGACAUGGGAGAAGAAACAGAAGAAGAGUCCAUUUAUGAUAUCGUUUCUUCUUCACAAGAAUAUCUGGGUAGUCGGUUUCCUAAUGGCGAUCAAGAUUUACGAUUGACAAGGGAUGAAAAUAGAAGAUGAAGAUAAAUAUUAGUUAGAAAUAUGAUUACCAGAUUUUAAAAGUUGUAAAUGAACACUGGUUCAUCCAAACUGUUUAUUGCACAUUUAAUUAGAGUUCCUCCACCUGUAUAACAGGCUUCUGUCUGGACACUUGAUGUUAAUUUUGACUUCAAUUUUCUCUAUUAAAGCCUCUGCUUUUUAAUUGGUUGUUGCUAAAAUUAUGUGUGACUAACUUUCUGCCUAUAUUUGCAGCAAUGGCUAGGCCAAGAUGGUUCAAGGCUACACCACUUGAUACAGAGAUCACUUCUGCAAAUUCUCAUGAGGUUAGGUGUAAACGCUUUAAGGUUGCACCACCUGAAGCUGGUUCUGCAUCACAAACUUCGUCUAAUGGUAGUGAUCAUGUUAGCAUGCCACCGACACAUGGGCCUGAGUAUGCUUCAUCUGAAUCUGAUUCAUCGAAUGAUGAUGAUGUCCCACCUGCUUCUAGUGGGACUACUACAAGUAAGAAGAAGAGCUAUUGGAUUGUCAGUCUUAUUGAUGAGGGUGGUACCAUUACAGAAGGAAGACUGAAGGUGCGAGAUAUUUGGUCACUUCCUACGGGUAAAAGAAUUAUCAUCCCGUGCAAUGAGCUUGGCCAACCAAUAGAUGAUGCAAGUGGUCUCUUGGGUGGCUUCAUGGAAGAUUUAGGCUCUGAAUUUUCUAAAUUUCCUAUGUGUUACAAGUCAUGGCGUAAGGUUCCAGUUAACUACAAGAAUA